CAUGCAAAUGAGUUUGUCUGCCGCCUUCAUUAGGCCAUCUGUCUAAUUGACUGCAGAAGCCACAUAGGAAGCCCCUAGCCACAUUUUUCUUGCUUUCUCAGAAACAGUGGCACUGGGGAAAUCAGCCAGGACUUUUGUUGAAAACUUUUCGAAGUUUUAAAGUCCCAAGAAUAAAAGGGUUGGACACCCUGAAGUAAGAUUUAUGUAUGCAGAGAAGGAAUGAAGAUCACAGGCCAAUGACUCGCUGUGAGGUAUUACAUCUGAGAGGAGAGCUGCUCAACUUUCGGGUUUAUAUCCUUCACACGACCUGGUUAUACAGGAAGCUGUUAAGGAAAUUCUAUCAUCAAGGAAACAGCUUGGGAAUCUAAUGAGCAGGUUGUGUGCUAGUGACUUUUUCUGUUGCACCCAUAGAUUGUAAAAUUUAAUUAGGAAAGCUUUGUACUCCCAGUAACAGGGUUCUGGACUUUGUGUGAGUGCACAUAAUGACAUUUCAAUCUCUACAUGCUUUUUUCCAGAAAAUGCUUUGCGCUAUGGUUGUUAACCCCAAGCCUCGUUUUUAGUCUUCGCAAAUGUAGAGACUACCCAUCUUCUAAUGUUCAGAAUAACUACUUGUGAUGCGGCUUUGGACAGUUACAGUAACUGUGCAUACCAGUUGAUAGUGGGCUUUCAGGAUUCAGUUUUCAGUUUGGGCCCCUCACUGCAAGAAAGACAUUGAAGUGCUGGAGGGUGUCCAAGGAAGGUUACCAAAGCUGGUGAAGGGUCUGGAGCACAAGUCUUAUGAGGAGCAGCUGAGGGAACUGGGGUUGUUUAACCUGGAGGAAAGGAGCCUCAGGGAAGACCGUACUGCUUUCUACAACUACCUGAAAGGAAGUUUUAGGCAGGAGCUGUGGAAGUGUCAGUCCGAAGUCCAGUUGCCUGCUGGUUUAGUGCUAUGCUUUACUGCUUUGGUGGUUCAGUUUUGUCUUCAUUGAUGCUUGCAGAACCUCCAGUAGCCUUUCUGGCAAAGAGCACAAAUAUUCUGCUGGCCUCUUCAGUCUGGUAUUUUAUUUUUUACUGCCCACAAGACAUAUUCUACCGGUGCUUUGCCUUUCUGCCUCUUCGGCUUCUGGUUGCAGGAAUGAAAGAAGUGACUAGAACUUGGAAGAUAACAGCUGGCAUUGCACAUGCGGACAGUCACUUCAAAGAUGCUUGGCUUGUCAUGAUAGCUGUGGGCUGGGCCAGAGGAGCUGGUGGUGGCCUGAUUUCCAACUUUGAGCAGCUGGUGAGAGGAGUGUGGAAACCUGAAACCAAUGAACUACUGAAGAUGUCCUACCCUGUGAAGGUAACAUUGAUAGGAGCAGUUCUUUUCACUCUGCAACACAGCCAGUACUUGCCAAUAGCAAGACACAACCUCAUGUUUUUAUACACCGUAUUUCUUGUUGUCUCCAAGGUAACAAUGACGUUGACAAGAUCUGCAACUUCUCCAUUUGCUCCCUUUGAGGCUGCAUUAGGCCACAUGUUCUUUGGCUUGCAAAAGACACCAUCCAAAGUGAAGGGUGAAGGUGCUGCGUCUUCCAAUGGCUCUUCAGUCUGUGACCGGUCUUCUGAACAGCAGCAUGAUGGUGUUAAGAAAAGACAGGCAAAGAAAACAGAAUAAGUGUCUUAAAAUCUUUGAUGGUCAUGACCUUUGAAGAUGUUUGUAUUUCAGAUUAGGCUGGCUGAGAAAUUUGUUUAAAGAAAUGCAUGUGAGGAGAGAACAGGGCUGUAUACUACUGUGGUGUUGUUUGCCUUCAGAAUGUGUUUUGUAAGCUACUGUUCAGAUGUCUAAAUGCACAUGUUGGAUUUUUAAGCUAAAAACUACAAUUUUUUACGGUGGUUUUAAGUUUACUAGAUUUUGUAUUUAUGAUAACUUCAACUGCUUUAAUACUAAACAGAUAUUUUCAAAAUGUGACAGUCGGGUUUUUUUGUCUGAUAAUACCACUUGUUUCACCUCUUCCCACCUUCCACUGAUUCUUACAUUUCAUUUGGAUAGCACAUAUUUGCACUGCCAAGUGUUCACAUUAGCUUGUCUCAAAUAAGAAAGCCAUCAUCUGAGUAACACUUUAUCACAUUGCACUGUAAGGCCAUGAAAGUGUGCUGAACUCAUGCCUUUAAUUAGAAAAAUAACUGAAUUAACUGUUGAAGAAUUGCACUGGUCUAGUUUUUCUUCCUUUACUUAGGUAAAUAUUUUUUGUACUUUUUUUUUUUUAAUAACUGAAUUAUCUGGCACCUUUAAAAAUCUUUGCAGUUGGCAAGUAGACACGUUUCUGUAUUUUCAUUGUUGGCUUACUUUGACACUUUACUUGCAAGCAUUUGGUACAUUGCUGUUUUUCAUGUUACAUAGGUGAUUUACUUGUGGUUUGCAGUUAUCUUUUAGUUUGAUUGGAACUAGACAUCUCUGCCUGUACUUUUAUCCAAGCAUGUGCAUUUUUUUAUUUCCAAAGCCAAACUUCCUUUCAAAAAAAGAAUACCGGACAGUACAUUUACCUCAUUUCUCAUGAGUUCAGCCCUGUUUUGCUUGCUGUUAAUAACCACCAGCACCAGUUUGUAGUGAUCACCUCUGGUGCUAUUGUGGAAGAAGCCUGCUGACACCUGUAAAAUUCUGGGGGUUUUGAUCAUGGGCCGAUUUACGUGACACGAGGCCUCUGCUGGUGACAGAAGGCAUACACCUGCCUGGAACGGGGAAAAGAUCUUUGCACAGGAGUUAGCAGGGCUCAUUGAAAGAGCCUUAAACUAAUUUGAAGGGGGAAAGGGACAAAACCAGGCUUGCUAGAGAUAAGCCUGAGCGCCGGCAAGCUAAUGUUUGAGGGAUGGUGUGCUAGUGAGGUCCUUUGGUUUGCCAUCUCAGUGGAGGUAGGGGCUGGAGAGGCAUGUGACAGCAAAGACACAAAGGUUAUUGUGUUAGAAACCAUGGAAGUGCUUGAGAAUGGUCAUGUAGGAAUUAGGGCUUCUCCCCCAAAAAAGGUGGUAGGAACUAUAGCCCAACUGAAGUGCAUCUACAGCAAUGCAUGCAGCAUGGGCAACAAACAGGAGAACCUGGAAGCCAUUGUGCAGCAAGAAAACUGUGAUACAGUUGCCAUCAUGGAAACAUGGUGGGAUGAUUCACGCAACUGGAGUGCUGCAAUGGAUGGCUAUAAACUUGUCAGAAAGGAUAGGCAAGGAAGAAGAGGCAGUGGGGUAGCCAUGUAUGUUGCAGGGUGCUUUGACUGUCUAGAUCUUAAUGGUGAUGAUAGAGUUUGGUGUUUAUGGGUGGGAAUCGGGGGAAAGGCUAACAAGGCAGAUACCAUGGUGGGAGUCUGUUAUAGACCACACAGCCAGCAUGAAAAGCCAGAUGAAAUAUUCUCAAAGCAGCUGGGAGAAGUCUCACAAUCACUAGCCCUUGUUCUCAUGGGGGACUUCACCUUAUCAGGUAUCUGCUGGAAAUAGAGAACAGAAGAGAAGAGUAAGUUCAGGAGAUUCCUGGAGUGUGUGGAAGACAAAUUCCUGACACAGUUGGUGAGGGAGCCAGGUAGGAAAGGCACCCUGUGAUGUGAUGGUUGGAGGCCACCAUGGGCACAGCGAUCACGGAAUGACAGAGUUUUUCAUUCUUGGAGAAGUAAGGAGGGAGUUCAGCAGAAGGCUGCCUUGGACUUCUGGAGGGCAGACUGGCCUGUUCAGGAGCCUGGUUGACAGAGUUUUUGGGGAGGCAGUCCCGAAGGGCAAAGGAGUCCAGAAACACUGGACAUUCUUCAGGAAGGAGCUCCUACAGACGCAGGAGCAGGCUGUCCCCAUGUGCUGAAAGACAAACCGGUGGGGAAGAAGGCUGACCUGGCUGAGCAGGGAGCUUUGGCUGGAAUUCGGGGGGGAAAAGGAGAGUCUGUGAGCUUUGGAAGAAGGGGGCAGGCCACUCAGGAGGACUACAAGGGUGUCAUGAGGUUAUGCAGGGAGAAAAUUAGAAGGGCCAAAGGCCAGCGACAACAUAAUCUGGCUGCUGCUGCAAAACACAGCAAAGGGCAUUUCUACAAAGGCGUUAGCAACAACAGGAGGACUAAGGAGCAUCUCCAUCCUUCACUGGAUGCAUGGGGAAACAUGGUGACAAAGGAUGAGGAAAAGGAUGAGGUACUUGACGCUUGCUUUGCCUCAGUCUUCAAUAGUAAGACCAGCUGUUGGGGUACCCAGUACCUGAGCUGGAGGACAGGGACAGGGAGCAGAAUGAAGCCCCCAUAAUGCAAGGGCAAACAGUCAGCGACCUGCUACACCACUUGGACACAGACACCAGUCUGUGGGGCUGGAUGGGAUCCACCCGAGGGUACUGAGGGAGCUGGCAGAAGUGCUCCCCACAACACUUUCCAUCAUUUGCCAGCAGUCGUGGCUAACCAGGGAGGUCCCAGUGGACUGGAGGUUGGCAAAUGUGACACCCAUCUACAAGGCGGGCAGGGAGGAGGAUCUGGGGAGCUACAGGGCUGUCAGCCUGACCUCGGUGCUGGGCAAGGUUAUGGGGCAGAUCAUCCUGAGUGCCAACACACAGCACAUACAGGACAACCAGGUGAUCAGGCCCAGCCAGCAUGGCUUUGUGAAAGCCAGGUCCUGCUUGACUAACCUGACUGCCUUCUACGACAAGAUGAUCUGCUUAGUAGAUGAGUGGUGAAGUGUCUAGAGAGCAAGUCUUACGAGGAGCAGCUGGGGCAACUGGGGUUGUUUAGUCUGGAGGAAAGGAGCCUCAGGGAAGAUCCUAUCACUCUACAACUACCUGAGAGGAGGCUGUAGCAAGGUGGGUGUUGGUCUCUUCUCCCAAGUAACAAGCAACGGGACAAGUGGAAAUGGCCUCAAGUUGCACCAGGGGAGGUUUAGAUUGGAUAUUAGAAAAAUGCCUUCACCAAAAGGGUUGUCAAGCAUUGGAAGAGGCUGCCCAGGGAAGUGGUUGUCACCAUCCCUGGAGGUACUUGAAGGAUGUGUAGAUGUGAUGCUUAGGGCCAUGGUUUUGUGUUGGACUUGGCUGUGUUAGGUUAUCUGUUGGACCUGAUGAUCUUAAAGGUCUUUUUCAAUUUAAAUGAUUCUACGAUUCUAAAAUAUCAGCAGCACUGGAACUAUUUAUUAGUGUUUGCUUAACUGAUACCUGCUUGUUGCAUCUUUUUUGCACAUGAAGUGGAGCAGUUCUAUGAAGCAGUUUGUAUGAAGCGGCAUACACUUCAGAACUGAGAAUUUUGACAUUAGAGAUGUUACAUUUCAUAAGAAUGGAAUCUUUUCAAAGGAAUCUUUCAUUGAUAUGCCAAUUUUUAGAAUAAAUCAAACUAUUUUUACAGAGUUAGAUUAUUUGUCUUCAGAUAAUACUUCUUUGAAGAGUAUUCUUCAGCAAGAGGUGGGUUAAUCUUUGUGUGGCAAUGCAGAGGAGAAUGUGGAGGGAGAUCUGAUUUGAAAAGACAAAGUUCUAGUUCUAGGUACAUACCUAAAUUUAGAAAAACUGUUAUCAGUGCUGUGCUUACAGAAAGAAAAAAAAAAUACCCAAGAAAUUUCUUGUGCCUGUCUAGUCACAUUUCCAUGGUAGUGACUAAAACCAUUGAACUCCUCAGUUUGGAACCCCAACUGUAUAGCAGGUGUGUUGUACCUUGAAAGCUAAAAUGAGUAUUUUAUUCAACAGAGAAGAAGUAAAAAACAAAAACAAAACCAAAACCAAAACCAAAAACAAACAAAAAAAAAUAAACCCACCAAAAAGAGCCCCCAGCUCUUCAGACAAAAUUGUGAUCAUAUUGCUGACAUUUUACACUGAAACUCAGUGCACAAUUAUGAAUGCUUGGAGUAUUCACUUGCAGGAUGUCUCAGUUUUUAGUAUCAUGGAUGUAUGGAUAAACUUGAAGCUGCCAGCUAAGUAGUUAAUGAUCAACUAGUUAUUCAGCAACACCAGCACAAGUUGUCAACAGUGUUUAAAACUUGUGGAUGUUUUUUUUUUAAAUUUUGUAUACUAGAUCACAAGAGCCAUAUGGAAUUGGAUUGUGGUAUGGAACUGUGUUGCACAACUGUGAAAUAUUGGCUGAUAACUGGCUACUCUGAACCCAAAUAAAUGUGAAAACAUG